AUGACUCUAUUGCCACAUGACACAACCUGGACGGAGAAGGAUAUCAUUCUCCACUUUGUGCGUGCCAACCACAAGUUUGUGCCGGUAAUUGCACAACAAUUGAAGGUAUUGGGGGAGGAUUGGUAUGGAUUUCCCAUGUUCCUACUUCUGAUUCCCAUGUAUCUUCUCCCAGAGGAGCUCAAGCUUUUUAGCAUUUACUCCCAACACAAUCAAGACAAAAUCAAGCAGUACGAGCGUGCCUGGGGAAAGGCUAAUGGUCGCGUCGGCGGUCUUGUCAGCGGUCUAACUGCCUACAAUGAGGGUACGGGAAUUCAUGCCUUGGACCAUGCGGAAACACAGGCUAAUCGAACCAGGGGCGGUCUUACUACCUACAAUGAGGGUAUUGGAAUUCAUGCCUUGGACCUUGCUGAAAAACAGGCUAAUGGUCGAGCAUCCUACAAUGGGGAAUCUGGUCUGGCUGCCUACGUGGCGGACCAUGCUGAAAAGGGACUUUGA